AUGGUCAACCAGACCAAACCUCGCAAUGAUCUCCUUGUCAUCGAGUUGACGAUUCAGAACAUCGACGUCGCAAGAGUAUUAAUUGAUACUGGAAGCUCGGCUAAUAUUAUUUUCAAAAACACCCUCGAAAGAAUGAAGAUUGACCCGUCUGAAAUCGCGGAAAACCCUAGCCCACUAGUAGGACUCUCAAGGGAGACCACUAUGGCUCUCGGGACAAUUAACCUCACAGUCAAAGCUGGAACCAUGCCAAAAUCGCAGAGCAAUUCCAUCAACGUACCAUCUUUGCCUCAAAUUCUCAACCCCUCGCAUAAUCGAAACAAUCUGGGGAAAUCCGAGGGUGGCACAACUGAGAUCCUAGAAGAAAAGCGCGAGCCGACCUGCGAACCCGUGGUAUCAGUAUGUCUUGACGAAGCAUUCCCCGAACGAUCCAUCGAGAUUGGAGCCAACCUCCAUGAACCUUUAAGGACUAAGCUCAUAACUUGUCUAAAAAAGAAUCUCCACACGUUCGCCUGGGGUGCGGAAGACAAGCCAGGGAUUGACAUCAACAUAACCAACCACGAGCUGAAUAUCGAUCCAACCUUCAAACCAGUCAAAUAG